AUGACGGGCAAAGCGGGCGCGGCGCUGGCCCCCAGCCUGCCCGGCAAGCCCAAGCCCGACGGCGCGGCCGCCGCCGCCCCGCCGCCGCCGCCCCCCGCGGCGGGAGCCAAGCCCAGCUCCGGGCCCACCCCUCCUCGCUGCACCGGCUUCGGCAUCCAGGAGAUCCUGGGCUUGAAUAAGGAACCGCCGUCGCACCCGCGGGCCGCCCUGGACUCCCUGCCCGCCGGGCACCUGCUGGCGGCCCGCUCCGUCCUCAGCCCCGCCGGGGUGGGCGGCGUGGGCAUGGGGUUGCUGGGGGCCGGAGGCAUCCCCGGCUUCUAUGCGCAGCCCACCUUUCUGGAGGUGCUCUCCGACCCGCAGAGCGUCCACCUGCAGCCUUUGGCCCGAGCUCCCGGGCAGCUGGACAGCAGCCAGACGGCCAGCUCAGAUUCCGAGGAUGUCUCCUCCAGCGACCGCAAAAUGUCCAAAUCUUCCCUCAACCAGAGCAAGAAACGAAAGAAGAGGCGGCACAGGACAAUCUUCACAUCCUACCAACUGGAGGAGCUGGAAAAGGCCUUCAAUGAGGCUCACUACCCUGAUGUGUACGCUAGAGAGAUGCUGGCCAUGAAAACAGAGCUGCCAGAAGACAGGAUACAGGUCUGGUUCCAGAACCGCCGGGCUAAGUGGCGGAAGCGAGAGAAGUGCUGGGGCCGGAGCAGCGUGAUGGCCGAGUACGGACUCUAUGGAGCCAUGGUGCGUCACUCCAUCCCGCUGCCUGAGUCUAUCCUCAAGUCAGCCAAGGACGGCAUCAUGGAAUCGUGUGCCCCGUGGCUCCUGGGGAUGCACAAAAAGUCUCUGGAGGCAGCGGCUGAGGCGGGGAGGAAGACGGAGGUGGAGCGCCAGGCCCUGCCCAAGCUUGACAAGGGUGACAAGGAAGAAAGGGGCUCGGAUCCCAAAACCGCCAUUUCCCAGGAGGAACUGAGAGAAAACAGCAUUGCCGCCCUCAGGGCCAAAGCUCAGGAGCACAGCACCAAAGUCCUGGGGACCAUUGCGGGGGACACCCCAAGGAAGCCGGAGAAAGGGGAGGAGGUGGCAGAGGAUGAGAGGCAGACCGAGAAGUCCAGUGCAUCACAGAAGGAGGAGAAGCUGAUCUAG